AAGAUGAAGAUCAGUUGGUCAGAGAUUUCCUCUCAAUUGAUAUUACUUCUGUGGAAUUGAAAGUUGUACAAAAAGGACCACUGGAGAUAUGUGCUGUUUCACUAAGUAUUAGAAAAUGCUUUGAAAUACGAUGUGACUGUCAGAAUGUCCCCGGAGAGGGUGGUCUACGUACAUCUAACAUUAACCCACUAUGUUCAGCCAAAGAACAUACUAGUUCACUACAAGAUCGCCCAUGUCAAGAAAACAAUACAGUAGAAACGUCUGAAAAUAAAACAUCGAAUCAUUAUCAAUCAGAGGGGACAUCUUCGAAGGCUGAAAAAAGUUUCAAAGAUCAAAGCACAGGUUUCACUUCUGCUACAUUCAAUUUAAUGCAAAGUGAAAAAGGAAAAGACUUUUCUCCGUGGUUCACAACAGGCGUAUUUGUCGGGGGAUUUGUGUUUGGACUGAUAAUAUCUAUGACUUUUUCUUAUUUAUGCAAUAGAAGAAGAAGGACUGGGGCAGAGAAAGAGAAGCCUGAAUAUUCCAUGGGACAGGAUAUACCUUUACUCAACUCACACCUACCUGUAAAAGACACACCAGUGUAUUCAGAAAUUUCAGAACAAAAACAAAAUAAUAAGCCCCAAAACAACGGCAGUACCCCACUAUACAGUUCUCCGGUAUACGUUGGAGAAUACGUUGAACCAGUGACCAUGAAUGGAAAUGCAAGACUUUUGCAGGACAACCAGUCAAACGAUGAACAUAAUUUACCCAUACAUGCUAUGUAUACAGAACCCAUUGGUACAGAUCAAACGAGACGUUUAUCGGAUCUAUGCAAUAAUGAAUAUAGUCAUCUACAGUUUAAUGGAGAAUCUCAACUCCGUACACAAGGUAAAAAGGAAUGCGACGAAACCUCAAAUGAAGCAAAAGCUGAAUCAACGGAAAAUAAUCAAACAGAGCAUGACGAGGAUCCAGUGGGUGCUUUUGAUGGCACAAAUAAGAUUUUAGACAAGCAACAAAGAGAGGCUUCCGAGAUUGAAUCGAAUUCUGCUCUCUCAGACCUUUCGGAUAAAGAAGGAAAGGACAUAGCAAAUAAUGCUAACCAAGCAUUAUUAUCAAAUGGCAAGGAAAAUGAGUAUUUUGUAUUGGAGAAAAAUGAGCCAUAG